AUGGAGCUCUUCAGGAGCGAGAGCAUGGAGCUCGUCCGCCUCAUCGUCCCUUCCGAAGCCUCGCGCGACACGGUCGCGUGCUCAGGCGACGUCGGUCUCGUGCAGUUUCGAGAUCUGAAUCACGCGAAACCUUUCCCCCAGCGCGCGUACACGUACGCGUCGCGAGUGAAGCGAUGCGACGAGAUGCUUCGUCGGCUGCGCUUCUUCGCGGCGGCGUUCAAAGACGCGGGGAUCGCUCCGCGCGCGAUGCCGUCGCCGGAGACGUCCAUCGAUUUCGACGACCUCGAGACGCGGCUGACCGAGGCGGAGAGCGAGACGCGGACGAUGUCAGCCGCCAUCGAGCGGCUGCGUCGGAAUCGCGCCGAACUCGUGGAGCUGCAGGUCGUCACGGAGAAGGCGCGCGCGUUCUUCGACGAGGCGACCGACGGCGCGGGGGGACUCGAAAUCUUGGGCGACGACGCGCUGCUCGCGAGCGCGGACGACGACGUCGAGAAGGCGUCGCGGCUGGGGUUCAUCGCCGGGUGCGUGCGCGCGUCCGAGGCGCCGGCGCUCGAGCGGAUGGCGUUCCGAGCGACGCGCGGGAAUCUCCUCUUCGAGCGAGAGACGAUCGAGGGCGAGAUGGAGGACCCGGCCACGGGAGACUUCGUCGUGAAGACGGCGUUUCUCGUGUUCUUCUCGGGGCAGCACGCGCGGGAUGCGAUCGCGAAGAUAGCCGACAGCUUCGGCGCGAACCGGUACCCGCUUCAAGAGGAUUUCUCGCGGCGGCGGCGGAUGCGCGCGGAAGUCGCCGCGCGUGAAACUGAUCUGCAGCAGACGUUACGCGCGUCCACGGCGCAUCGCGACGACCUCCUCCGCGGCAUCGCCCGCGCGCACGCGGCGUGGACGACGUUCGUCAGGAAACAGAAAGCGACGUACCACGCGUUAAACAUGUUCUCCGUCGACGUCGCUCGAGACGUCGUCGUCGCCGAGGCGUGGUGCCCGACGUUCGCGAAGCCCGCGGUGCGAGACGCGCUGCUCCGCGCGAAUCGAUCCUCGAGCGCGCUCGUGGGGACGAUCUUCCAGCCGCUGGCGUCGAAGGAAGAGCCGCCGACGUAUUUCCGAACGAACAAAGUCACGGCCGCGUUCCAGGGCAUCGUCGACGCGUACGGGAUAGCGCGGUACAAGGAGGUGAACCCGACCGUGCUCACCAUAGUGACGUUUCCGUUCUUGUUCGCGGUGAUGUUCGGCGACUUCGGACACGGGAUCUUGAUGCUCCUCGCGGCGAUGUACAUGGUCCUGAACGAGGAAACGCUCGGCGCGACGCCGCAGAAUGAAAUAUUCCAAAUGGCGUUCGACGGUCGCUACGUCGUCCUCCUCAUGUCUAUCUUUUCGAUGUACGCCGGGGCGAUGUACAACGAGUGUUUCUCCGUGCCGAUGACGUGGCUCGCCGGGAAGACGCGGUGGGUCUGCGACGCGAACGACGCGACGAAGGGGUGCGACAGUCAGUACGUCGCCGGCCUCGAACGAAACGGGACGUACGCGUUCGGCGUAGACCCGAUCUGGCGAGGCAGCAAGUCCGAGCUGCCGUUCUUGAACUCGAUGAAGAUGAAGAUGUCGAUCAUCAUGGGCGUGACGCAGAUGAUGGUCGGGAUCUUCAUGAGCUUGCUGAAUUUCGUGCGCGCGAAGGACGUUCUGUCGAUCGCGUGCGAGUGCAUCCCGCAGGUCAUCUUCCUCGGCGCGCUGUUCGGGUAUCUCGUCUUUCUCAUCGUCUUAAAGUGGAUCACACCCGGUUGCGAGGCUGAUCUCUAUCACGUCCUCAUAUACAUGUUCCUGGACCCAGGGAAUGUAGACUGCGCGGGAGAAGGCCCGGGAGGAACCGCGGGGUGCCCGGAGAACGUCAUGUUCCGCGGUCAAGGCGUCCUUCAGGUGUGCUUAGUCGUCGUCGCGUUCGCGUCCGUGCCCGUGAUGCUCCUGCCGAAGCCGCUCGUUCUGAAGAGACGCCACGACGCGAGGGCGCGAGGGGAGGCGUACGCGCGCCUCCCCGGCGAGGACGAAGACGGCGAGGCGUUCAAUUUCGGGGACGUCUUCGUGCACCAGAUGAUCCACACGAUCGAGUUCGUCCUCGGCGCGGUGAGCAACACGGCGUCGUACUUGCGUCUGUGGGCGCUGUCGCUCGCGCACUCGCAGCUCAGCGCGGUGUUCUUGGACCGCGUCUUGAUGGCGUCCGCGGCGACGAAAUCGCCGCUCGUGAUGCUCGUCGGGUUCGCCGUGUGGGCGGUGGCAACGAUCGGGGUGCUGAUGCUUAUGGAGAGCCUCAGCGCGUUUUUGCACGCGCUCAGGUUGCAUUGGGUAGAGUACCAGAACAAGUUCUACAAGGGCGACGGAUACGCGUUCGAUCCGUUUUCGUUCGAGAGUAUCUUGAAAGAAGCCGCCGCGGAGGGGAGUUAA